CCUAAACUUCAAGUAACAUACACUCAUAGAGGUGGAACUCUUGGCUUAUAAAAUGUCCAAACGGAUGAUUGUGCGUAAAUGAAACGAUCUCGUUGCGCAUCCGGACUGAGUGAGAAUUUCUGGACAUUAUGCCAGCUGAAGGGAGCUGUAACAAUCUUUCAGCAGAGGAAGAUGCUAAAACAGAACAAAAUCUGCCAUUACUUUUGGAAGAGUGCGUAAAAGAGAAAGUAUCAUGGAAGGAAGUACUAAAAAAAAAGAUGGUAAAAAAUUGUUCCUGCAGUACAGCUCGAGUCAAAUCCCAGAUCAUGGACUCAUUCCCAAUAGUGAAAUGGCUACCACGAUAUCGCUUCAAAGACUGGAUCAUUGGAGAUGCCAUGUCAGGCCUUAUUGUUGGCAUUCUGUUGGUUCCCCAGUCCAUUGCUUAUUCUCUACUGGCAGGACAAGACCCUAUUUAUGGGCUCUAUACAUCUUUCUUUGCAAACAUUAUCUACGCAUUGCUGGGAACCUCCAGACACAUCUCUGUUGGAAUGUUUGGGGUAUUGUGUCUGCUGGUGGGGCAAGUAGUGGACAGGGAACUAAUUUUGGCAGGAUACUCAUCAGACACCAAUCAGACCACCCUGGGAAAUGUGGACAACAGCACUGGUCCAAUUUGUGAUAGAAGCUGCUAUGCAAUCAUGGUGGGAGCAACACUAACGUUCACAGCAGGGGUCUACCAGGUGUUGUUGGGUCUGCUUCAGAUUGGCUUUGUCUCAGUAUUCCUCUCUGACUCCCUGUUGAGUGGUUUUGCCACUGGUGCCUCUCUAACCAUCCUCACAUCCCAGAUAAAGUACUUUCUAGGGCUUCACCUCCCUCGUGUCCAAGGCUGGGGUUCACUCAUAAAAACUUGGAUCAGUCUGUUUAAGAAUCUGGGUCAUACUAACCUGUGUGACCUCAUAACCAGCUUGGUCUGCUUGCUUGUACUUGUUCCUGCCAAAGAGCUCAACAAUCGCUUCAAGGCCAAGCUCAAGGCCCCCAUUCCCUUUGAACUCUUUGUGGUCAUUGCUGCUACUCUAGCUUCCCACUUUGGGCACUUCAAGGACACUUAUGGCUCAGACAUAGCUGGCACCAUUCCAACUGGCUUUAUGCCACCACAAUCUCCAAACUAUUCUUUUAUUCCCAAUAUUGCUGUUGACGCAUUGUCAAUUGCCAUUGUUGGUUUUGCUAUUACAGUGUCUCUAUCUGAGAUGUUUGCCAAGAAGCAUGGAUAUAUAGUGAACCCAAAUCAAGAGCUGAAUGCCAUUGGGAACUGUAAUAUCAUUUCUUCCUUCUUUCAUUGUUUCACGGUCAGUGCUGCCUUGACAAAGACUCUUGUGAAGGAGUCAACUGGAUGCCAGACUCAGGUUUCUGGAUUGGUGACUGCUCUAGUGCUGCUGCUCGUCAUGCUUGUUAUUGCACCUGUCUUCUAUUCAUUGCAGAAAUGUGUUCUGGCUGUCAUCAUAGUGGUCAACCUCCGCGGGGCACUACGCAAGUUUGGCGACAUUCCCCAGAUGUGGCGUGUCAACCGUGUGGACACUGUCAUCUGGCUGCUGACCAUGGCUACAUCAGCUCUAGUGAACACUGAGCUAGGUCUGCUGGUUGGAGUUGUGGCUUCUGCCUUCUGUGUGUUAGGCAGAACCCAAUUCGCCCAAGCUCUUCAGCUGGGCCAAGCAGGAGACCGUGAGCUCUUUGAGGACAUUGCAUCAUACAAGGGACUUCAGACCCAACCAGAUGUCGCUGUUUUCCGAUACGAGGCUCCCAUCUACUACGCCAACCAAAGUCUGUUUAAAAAGUCACUCUAUCGCAAUGUAGGCCUGGAUCCACUUAAAGAGAAGGCAAAACAAAGGAAACUAGAGAAGCAGAGGAAUCAGAAACAAAAUAGAGAAGAUCAGAAGCAAGAGAUGGAUGUGUCCACCAAUGUAAAUCUGCUUCAGCACAGCAGUUUUCACACAUUGGUCAUAGACUGCAGUCCAGUCCUCUUUCUGGAUACUGCUGGAGUCAACGCUUUGAAAGAAGUAUUUAAGGACUACAAGGAGCUGGGAAUUAAUGUGCUUUUGGCACAAUGCAACACCUCUGUCAUUGAUUCUCUGCGCAGGGGAGACUACUAUGACAAAAAGAAGGGGACCAAAGAUAUACAGUUUCACACUAUUGGUGAGGCCAUUUUAUAUGGCCAAAGCUUGAAGUCACAAAAUGGCAACUGUGACACUUCAGUAUGAUGUGUUGAUUUGAUUGAAGAUACAAUACUUUUGCCAAGUAGAUGGAGAUUUAUUUGCAAAUAAUUGCAUAUAGUUUAGCCAAAAAUGGUGCAAAGUUUAAAACCAGCAAAAUUGUAAUAAUAAUAAUAAUAAUAAUUAUUAUUAUUAUUAUUAUUAUUAUUAUUAUUAUUAUUAAAAUGGAAAUUCCAAUGGCUAUUUAGAAUAUUUUUGUCCAUACUGUGAGGAAAAAAAACACUUAAUACAGUAAUCGUUCAAUAUAUCAAGUUAAACAGGUUUGGAACUACAUCAGGGGUAUCCAAACUCGGUCCUGGAGAGCCGGUGUCCUGGAGAGUUUAACUCCAACCUUUAUCAAACACACUUGAACCAGCUAAUCAAGCUCUUACCAGAUAUAAUAGAACAGGGAUCACCAAACUUGUACCUGGAGGUCCAGUGUCCUGCAGACUUUAGCUCCAACCCUAAUCAAACACACCUGAACAAGCUAAUCAAGGUCUUACUAGGUAUACUUGAAACACCCAGGCAGGUGUGUUGAGGCAAGUUCAGCUGAACACCGGCCCUCCAGGACCGAGUUUGGACAUCCCUGAACUACAUGAACCAGAUAUUACUUUAGGAAGAAUUAUCCCUUUAGGAUUUCUUCAAAUGUUUGUACAAUCAUUUAUAUUAACAUAUUUCCUGUUACAACAUAUAUUUGCUAUUGUGUUGUAUUCCAUGCGGUUUAAGCUUUGUUAACUAUGUCUUAUGACCUUUGUUCUUAAAAUGAUGUAUAAUUAUAUCAUUUACACGUCUAAUGAGAUGUUUAGCUCAAGUCAAAUGGCUAAAAGCAUAAACAGGCUCAUAUUUUUAUGCUAGAUGAGCUCUAGGUUUUCUAUUUACUUUUUAUCUCUUUCCACUCUAGUUAGUUGCUCAUUCAGUUAGAAAGAUGUUAUAUAAAGUCAUCUGUGACAUUUACCCAGCUUUAUGGGUACUUGUGCAUGUUUAAAUAACUAUAAAGCUUGGAUACACUGAGUGCUUGUUGUCUGGGUGAAUGUGAGUUCAGCUCUUUUACCCAAGCCCCACAUGUUUACCUCAAUCACUGAAGCACAUUAAAGUGAUGCCGAUGUGCCUUGUCAAUGUGACCAGAGCAGCUUUUGAAAAUGCUUCUCUUUUUAAUUGCUUUCCUAAAGGGGCCAAAUAAAAUAGUCAGGAUGUUGCUUUACUUUCUUUCUUCAGUGUAGAGUGUAAAAGAGAGCGUACAGGUAUGUAGGACAUCUCAAUGGCAUGUCUGACCAGUUGAACAGGUCAGAAUGAGCAAAAGAUGCAGCCGGAUGAAUGUCAAGCUCAGGGAAAUGACAAUCUGUCCACCUCCUGGGCACAUCCUACUCAAAUACUGAAGCUUUUGCCAUUUUUAUCACUGAUAGAAUGCCAUCACAAGUAGAAAUACUAUUUAAUUGUUUAUUUCGGUUUGCCUACUAUUGAUGUAAUAGUAAGCUUAUGUAAUGGCUAUGUUGAUAACUUAUUUAUUACUACAUUUAUAAUGGUUUCUAGUUCAUGAUUUUAGUUACCUUUUAUCUUCUUGUUAUACCAAAUACUGCAGAGGCUUUACUUUAUUGUUACAUAUUUUAUUAUCUUAAAAUAUUUGUUAAUGUCUCACAAUAUUUGGUUAAUUAUGUUAAUUUUAGCGUUUAUUAACACAUUAAAAUUGAAAGGGGUGUAUUUAAAUGGUGGCAAUGAAAACAAAUACUGUAAAUGAAAUGUUUGUUUAUAGUUAAUGCAUUAAAUAAUGGGUCCCUAAUGCUGUUACCAAAUAUCUGCACUAAAUAUAUUUUUGCAGCAAUGCCAUAUAAGAACUUUUUCUGGAUUUCCCAAAGACUCUAUCUAUCUAUCUAUCUAUCUAUCUAUCUAUCUA